UUUCGGCGUAAAAAAACACUUUCCCAUUUAUAUUAUUGAACAUACAAAAGCGAUAAUGAUUCCUCUUUUAGAAUGUAAAAUAUUUAUAAAUUUAAAAUGAACGUAAUUUCAGAGGAAUUUAAGAAAAUAUGGACCAUUGGCAGUUGCCAUAUAUGACAGCCCAAAAUCAUUCAUGUUUUAUUCAAAAGGAAUUUAUAAUGAUGAUAACUGUAAAUGGAAGAAUGGAAUAUCUCGGGGUCAUGCUUUGACACUGAUCGGGUACGGUGAAGUAAAUGGUGAACGAUAUUGGACCUUAAAAAAUUCCUAUGGCCCAAAAUGGGGAGAAGAAGGCUACAUAAGAAUUGCCAUCAAGAAUAAUAUUUGUGAUGUCAUGAGUAAUGCCUAUAGUGUUAUUGCAUCUUCGUAAUUCCUAUAACCAUGGCCUUAUUAUAAAAAAACAUUGAUUAUAUAUUUGAAAUUGUAUAAAAGUAUCUUGUAUGAUUAAUAAAUCUUAAAAUAUGGAGUAAUAAAAUUGCGUUCAUAGAA